AUGAAGUCAAGAACACUAUACUUGCUGGCGAUUCUGCUUCUAAUCUCGUUAUGUAUAAAGGCAGGGCAUGCCGGAGGAGAAGAUGAUGAUGUGGAGGAGAAGAAGAAAUUGAAAGGAGUAACAUACGACGGAAAAUCAUUGAUAAUAAAUGGAAAAAGAGAGCUUCUUUACUCUGGCUCUGUUCAUUACCCUCGAAGCACACCUGAUAUGUGGCCUAGUAUCAUUGAGAAAGCUAGAGCUGGGGGACUAAACACCAUACAGACUUACGUUUUCUGGAACGUGCAUGAGCCUGAACAAGGAAAGUGGGAUUUCGAGGGGAGGUUCGAUUUGGUGAGAUUCGUCAAACUGAUACACGAUAAAGGUCUCUAUGUCACUCUCAGGCUUGGACCCUUUAUCCAAGCCGAAUGGAACCAUGGAGGGUUGCCGUAUUGGCUACGCGAGGUCCCGGAGGUUUACUUCCGUACUAAUAAUGAACCUUUCAAGGAGCAUACAGAGAGAUAUUUGAGGAAAAUACUUGGGAUGAUGAAAGAAGAGAAGUUGUUCGCUUCACAAGGAGGUCCCAUCAUCUUAGGACAGAUAGAGAAUGAGUACAACGCGGUGCAGCUAGCUUACAAGGAGAGUGGAGAGAGAUACAUAAAAUGGGCAGUGAAUUUGGUGGAGUCAAUGAAACUGGGGAUCCCGUGGGCUAUGUGCAAACAAAACGAUGCCCCUGGCAAUGUCAUUAAUGCUUGCAAUGGAAGGCAUUGCGGUGACACUUCCAAGGGACCUAACCGACACGACAAGCCUUCCAUAUGGACCGAGAACUGGACUACUCAGUUUCGAGUUUUUGGGGAUCCUCCAACACAUAGAACAGUCGAAGACAUCGCUUUCUCAGUUGCUAGAUUCUUCUCUAAGAACGGAUCUCAUGUCAAUUACUACAUGUACCAUGGUGGAACAAACUUCGGACGCACGUCUGCUCAUUUCGUUACCACUCGUUACUACGACGACGCUCCACUUGACGAAUACGGUAUGGAGAAGGAUCCCAAAUACGGUCACCUGAAACAUGUGCACAGAGCACUUAAAUUGUGCAAGAGGGCUCUUUUUUGGGGUCAACCUCGUGCCCAGAAACUUGGUCCAGACACCGAGGUUAGGUACUACGAGCAGCCAGGGACAAAGGUCUGUGCGGCUUUCUUAGCUAACAACAACACAAGAGAAUCCAAUACCAUUCAAUUCAAAGGUCAUGAUUACGUUUUACCCUCUCGUUCCAUCAGCAUCUUACCUGACUGUAAAACUGUCGUCUUCAACACUGCACAGAUUGUGGCGCAGCACAGUUGGAGGAAUUAUGUGAAAUCGGAGAAGACGAGCAAAGGUCUCCAGUUUGAAAUGUAUAGCGAGAAUAUUCCUUCCAAACUCGAGGGUGAUUCCUUAAUUCCAGCUGAGCUUCAUUACUUAACCAAGGAUAAAACUGAUUAUGCUUGGUAUACCACAAGCAUAAAGAUUGAGAAAGAUGACUUACUAUACCACAAAGGUGUUAAGACGAUACUGAAAGUAGCGAGUCUUGGUCACGCAGCAGUCGUGUACGUUAAUGGAGAAUACACAGGAAAUGCGCAUGGAAGCCAUGAAAUGAAGAGUUUCGUCUUCACAAAACCGGUUAACCUUAAAAUCGGAGAUAACUACAUUUCAAUAUUGGGUGUACUAACUGGAUUGCCUGACAGUGGAUCAUACAUGGAGAAAAGGUAUGCCGGGCCGCGAGGUGUUUCGAUCAUCGGUUUGAAGUCGGGAGUCCGAGAUUUAACCGAAAACAAUGAAUGGGGACAUCUGCUUUUUGAAAUCCGGUUAUUAAAGGCCGUUUUAGAAGGCGAAAAGAAAGAGGUGUAUACAGAGAAAGGAUCCAAGAAAGUCAAAUGGGAGAAAGAUGGUGAACGUAAGCCUCUUACGUGGUACAAGACCUAUUUUGAGACACCAGAAGAAGAGAAUACAGUCGCGAUUAGGAUGAAAGGAAUGGGAAAAGGAUUGAUUUGGGUGAAUGGGAAUGGCGUAGGGAGAUACUGGAUAUCUUUCCUUUCUCCCCUUGGAGAAUCUACUCAAACAGAGUAUCAUAUACCGAGAUCUUUCAUGAAGGAGAAGAAUGAGAAGAACAUGUUGGUGAUUUUCGAAGAGGAACCAGGGGUGAAGCUGGAGGCUAUUGAUUUUGUGCUGGUGAACAGAGACACGAUUUGUAGUUAUGUGGGAGAGAAUUAUCCAGCGUCGGUGAAAUCUUGGAAGAGAAAAGGGCCAAAUGUAGUUUCCAGAAUCAAAGAUAUGAGGCUCAAGGCAGUGAUCAAGUGUCCACCAGAAAAACAGGUGGUGGCGGUAGAGUUUGCAAGCUUUGGAGAUCCGACAGGAACUUGUGGGAACUUCACUAUGGGGAAGUGCUCCGCAUCUAACUCAAAGGAGGUCGUUGAGAAGAACUGUUUGGGAAAGAAUCAAUGUUCGAUAGUGGUGGGAAAAGAGACGUUUGGGGACAAAGAGUGUCCAAAGAUAGCGAAAAAACUAGCAGUGCAGGUAAGAUGUGAGAAGAAAGAAGGAAAAGAGGAUGAAACGGAAAAGAAGAAUAAAGAGGAAGAAGAUAAAGAUGAAAAACAAGACAAAGAGAGCAACGAUGGAGAGGACAAGGAGAAGCAAAAGUAG